CUUUUGAAAAGCUCUAAGUUCCUUAGUUAUAACUUUAUUUUCUUAUUUCUACGCCUUCCUUUAUAAUGUCGUGCUCUUAAAACUGUGUUACAUUGUUAAUUGAGCAGCGACAGAGUCAAGUUAGUUGCAGUAUUACUUAAAUACCGGUCAAAAUUAGAGGAAAAUUGUUUUAAUAAUUUUUGUUCUGAAGAUGAUGUUUAAAAUUAACGAUUGUGUUCAUGGCGAGAUAUUUCUACCAAAAUAUAUCCAAGAAGUGAUUGUGACCAAAGAAUUUGAGAGAUUGCGCAAUAUCAAGCAGUUAGGAGUAUCUUACUAUCAUUUUGAGACUGCAAACCAUUCACGUUUUGAGCAUUCUAUUGGAACUGCCUACUUGUGUAUGAAAAUUUUGGACAUAAUUGAAAGAAACUCGGACAUCAAAAUUGAUGAGAAUCACAAAAAAUGUGUUGUGCUUGCCGGCUUACUUCAUGACCUAGGACAUGGUCCAUUUUCUCAUUUGUGGGAGUGUGUCGUUAGGAAGGGCAAUCAUAAGAGUUGGACGCACGAAGACCAAUCAGUUCUAAUGAUCAACCACAUGAUCAAGUGUAAUAACAUAAAUUUACAUCCAGAUCCUUCAACUCACAACAAUAUGGUUGAAUUGACAUGCUCACUUAUAACUGGAGACUACAAGACAUGGAAUAGACUCUUAAAGCCAUCAGAAAUGUUCUUAACCGAAGUUGUCAGCAACAAAUACUGCAAUAUUGAUGUCGACAAGUUUGAUUAUAUUUUGAGAGACUUCAAUUGUGUUCAACGCCAACUUUUGCCUUUUGUUGACCUCCUUGAUCGUGCUAGGAUAGUCUUUGAUGCUGAAAAUGUAUCUCAUAUCGGGUAUCAUGUAGAUGAUUUUCAUUUAAUCGAGAAUUUGUUCAUUAAUCGUGCUAAUUAUCAUAUGGAUGUCUAUCAAUUUUAUAAAGUUGUUGGAAUUGAGAAGCAAUUCAGAGAUGCUUGCUACUUAGCAGACAAUGGCGGCUUUAAAUUAUUGAAUUAUUCAAUAACAGACAUACAGCAGGACUGUGCAAGUUAUUGCCAUUUAAAUGACACCUUACUGGAUCUCAUUUGUAACGAAAGCGACAAUAAUCAUCCAUUAAUGUUAAAGGCACAAGAAUUGAUCAAAAAUUUAGAAAAUGGAAAAUUCUAUGAAUUAAUUUACGAGACCAAAGAUAAUAUGGAAAUAAGUAGUGCGUACGACAAGCUAGUCGGCAAGUUUGGUGACAUUUUCUGUAUAGUCAAGAAAGUCAUCCCAUGUGCAUCAGUUCCUGACAAUAUACCACUUUACGACGAUAAUGGAAAGCUUGUACAAAGAAUUAGCAAUCAAAAGCUAGAUUAUGAAUCAAUUUUAAUAUUUUGUAAAGCAUUCGACCCGACUAUUGUCCAAAAUACAUGCAAUUACCUCAAUAACAAUGAAAUUUAG